AACCUUCUCUCUCUCGACGCACUUGGAGAUCAGCUGAUGACGUAACACGCGACGAGCGCAAAGAAGAAAAGUUAGUUGUGUGUAACUCGUGUCGGUGUUGGUGGGCGCGAGGCUUGCGCGAGAAAAAGUAUGGCGUAGGAUUCUCUGGGCCACUUUCGUCGAAAGUGUUAACCGUUCACUUCGUACACGUUGGGGGUUUCCGUUUCACCCUUAAGAUUUGUUUCGCGAGCGUUCUCGAGCUGCGGCGUUAUCGCGGGCUACGGUGUUCGCUGAUUACACGAACCGCGGUGCAGUCUAUCCAUCGCGGGACACGAAAAGGACGUACGAGUAUCGUACCAGGAUGAGCGUCGACGCGUACGGGCCUAGCAGUCAGACCCUAACGUUCCUCGACACGGAGGAAGCGGAUUUGAUCGGAGCCGAUACGCAGGGCAGUGAAUUCGACUUCACGGACUUCACGUUACCGUCGCCGAGUCAAACUCAGGCCUCCCAGCACGAUGCUGUACAAAGUCAACCUAGCCAGCCUGUACAGGUUAAUGGAACCAGUGUUGGCUCAUCUUUGGAUUUGAAGAUAUCUGGAACAGCACAGAGUCUUGCCGAAUUACAGUUUGAGGAAGAAGAAGAGGAGGCAUAUUACAAUCGUGACUUGCCUGAACAUGCAUGUAAAUACUGUGGAAUUCAUGAAGCAUCAUGCGUUGUUAUGUGCAACGUUUGUCGUAAAUGGUUCUGUAACGGACGUGGAAACACAUCUGGUUCACAUAUUAUUAAUCACCUUGUUCGAGCCAAACACAAGGAAGUCACUCUGCACAGAGACGGUCCAUUGGGAGAAACUGUUCUGGAAUGUUACUCUUGUGCUGUCAGGAACGUCUUUGUUCUUGGCUUUAUUCCAGCAAAGGCAGAUUCCGUUGUUGUGUUACUUUGCAGGCAACCUUGUGCGGCUCAAAGUUCCUUGAAGGACAUGAACUGGGAUCAAGAACAAUGGAAACCACUGAUCGAGGAUCGUAGCUUCUUAGCGUGGUUGGUAAAAAUUCCGUCCGAACAGGAACAAUUACGAGCCAGACAGAUUUCCGCUCAACAGAUUAACAAAUUGGAAGAACUGUGGCGCGAUAACGUGGACGCGACUUUCCAAGACCUUGAAAAGCCCGGAGUGGACGAAGAACCGCAACAAGUGCUCUUGCGGUACGAAGACGGAUACCAAUAUCAAAACAUAUUCGGUCCUUUGGUAAAGCUCGAAGCAGAUUACGAUAAACGUUUGAAGGAAUCGCAAACUCAAGAAAACAUCGAAGUCCGGUGGGAUGUUGGCCUGAACAAAAAGACGAUCGCAUAUUUUAUGUUGGCGAAAACUGACGGCGAUAUGAAACUGAUGCACGGGGAUGAAUUAAGACUUCGAUAUUUGGGUGAACUUCACAAGCCCUGGUCAGGUAUUGGGCACGUGAUAAAAAUUCCUGACAAUUACGGGGAGGAAGUAGGCAUCGAAUUGAAAAAUAAUUCCGGUGCUCCGACGGAAUGUAUGAGCAACUUUGUCGUUGACUUUAUUUGGAAAAGUACCAGUUUUGACCGCAUGCAAUUAGCAUUACGGAAAUUUGCGGUGGACGAUACUUCCGUGUCCGCUUACAUAUAUCACAGAUUACUGGGACACGAAGUGGAGGAAGUGCUAUUCCGUUGUCACCUUCCGAAGCACUUUAGUGCCCCGAACUUACCCGACUUGAAUCGGUCUCAAGUAUAUGCCGUGAAGCACGCAGUUCAGAGACCGUUGUCCCUGAUCCAAGGGCCGCCCGGUACGGGUAAAACCGUAACCAGCGCCACCAUAGUAUACCAACUGGUGAAACAGAACGGUGGACCAGUAUUGGUGUGCGCUCCAUCGAACACGGCCGUGGACCAGCUCACGGAAAAGAUACACAAGUCAAAUUUGAAGGUGGUUAGGCUUUGCGCCAAGUCGCGCGAGGCUAUCGAUUCGCCGGUGAGCUUUUUGGCUCUUCACAAUCAAAUCAAGAACAUGGAAACGAACACAGAGCUGCAGAAGCUGCAACAGCUGAAGGACGAGACCGGUGAACUGUCCAGCGUCGACGAGAAACGAUACAGACUGUUGAAAAAGGCAGCGGAGAAAGAACUGUUGGAGGCAGCGGACGUGAUUUGCUGCACCUGCGUGGGAGCCGGUGACCCGAGGCUGCACAGACUAAAAUUCCACUCGAUCCUCAUCGACGAGAGCAUGCAAGCCACCGAACCUGAGUGCAUGGUGCCUGUGGUACUUGGCGCGAAACAGCUGAUUCUCGUCGGCGAUCACUGCCAACUAGGCCCGGUAGUAAUGUGCAAGAAAGCCGCAAGAGCUGGUUUGUCGCAAUCGUUGUUCGAGAGACUGGUCGUUCUCGGUAUCAGACCAUUCCGAUUGGAGGUUCAAUACCGAAUGCAUCCCGAUCUAUCGCGUUUCCCGUCCAACUUCUUCUACGAGGGCUCGUUACAAAAUGGCGUGUGCGCCGACGAGAGGAAACUGCUGAAGAUCGACUUUCCGUGGCCCGCGCCCGACAAGCCUAUGUUCUUCUACGUGACCCAGGGACAGGAGGAAAUUGCCGGCAGCGGUACGUCGUACUUGAACCGAACCGAGGCAUCGAACGUCGAGAAGAUAGCCACACGUUUCUUGCGCUGCGGCGUCAAGCCCGAACAGAUCGGCGUGAUCACGCCGUACGAGGGACAGAGGGCGUAUCUGGUCCAAUACAUGCAGUACCAAGGCUCGUUGCACUCGAAGCUGUAUCAAGAGAUCGAAGUGGCCAGCGUGGACGCGUUCCAGGGCAGAGAAAAGGACAUAAUAAUCAUGUCGUGCGUACGGUCCAACGAGCAUCAGGGUAUCGGGUUCCUCAACGAUCCGAGACGUUUGAACGUUGCGUUGACCCGUGCCAAAUACGGAAUCAUCAUCGUGGGUAAUCCGAAAGUAUUGUCCAAGCAACCGCUCUGGAACCAUCUGCUCAGUUUCUACAAGGAACAAAAGGUACUCGUAGAGGGUCCGUUGAAUAACCUGAAAGAAUCCAUGAUCCAGUUCGCGAAACCAAAGAAGCUCGUCAACGCAGCGAAUCCUGGUUCGCACUUCAUGUCCACGUCGAUGUACGACGCGCGAGAGGCCCUGAUACCGGGUUCCGUGUACGAUCGAUCUGGCACCCAGGUAAACGGCACGCAGAACCACAAUCCAUACUAUCAGAGAAACGUGCCUCUAGACAUAUUCAGCAGAACGCACGACACGAUCAGCUACAUCAGCCCGGAAAGGGCACAGGCGGCGAUGAACAACGUCCCGGUGCCCGUGGGCAUGUUCAUGAACAUGGCACACGUACCGCCGAGAUUCUACAAUCAGCAUCAACAGGCGUUGCAGGCCAGACAGAAUCAACGUAAUCGUCGGGGCGCCGUACUUUCCAAGAACAAGCAAGGUCCGCGAAUGGGCAAGCUGAGCCAAACCGAGCAGAACACCCAACCGUACAGUCAGCCGGGUCUGCCCCUGACGCAAGGCACCACGCAGGGCAUGUCACAGCCGGGAUUCAGUUUAUCUCAACCCGGAUUGAGCCAGGCCGAGCUGUCCCAGGACUCGUUCGCGGUCGGGGAGUUCCAGUCGCAGAUGGACGGUCUAUUGUCGCAGGACUCGACUUACCAAGGCGAUCGGAGUGGUUUCUAUCAGUCUGGGCAGUCACAAGCCGGGGGACAGUUCUCCCAGCCAUACUGAGCCGAGACCGUACGGCUGAGCAACGCAAUUGCUAUGCAGCGUCGCGGGAGCGACUGAAGGCUCGUUCGACCAAUUCUUCUUCAACCAACAAACCACAAAUCACUAACUGCGCGAAACGGUAAAACGGCUCGAGGCGAUCGAGUACGGUAUUUAUGCACGCAGUCGUCGGCGUUAAAGAGGGUUUUAAAGCAAGCAAGGAAAAAAAAAGCAAACGAAAUAAAAGCAAACAACCAGCAAUAACAAAACGGAAAGGGAGUUCGUCGCCGUGAUAACCGUCACAUCGAACAAACGAGACAAAAAAAAGAAAAAGAAAAAAAACCAAGGGAGGAAAACCAAACGACAAGAAAGAAAACCAAAAUACGUUUCAGACGGGAAGGAACCGGAUGGCAACACCGCUGAAUGUAACAGUGUGCGGCGACACGCCCAAUGGAAAAAAUGGGAUAAGACUGGGAGACGACACACAAUCACACCACCAACUCACCGUGACACGCGCUUAUCGUGAACGGACCGUUUUAUCGCGGGGAUCGAGUGACGCUAUAAUUACAACAAACAAAAAAAAUGUCAAAACUAUGGAAAAUAAAAAAAAAAGACGAUGAUAAUAAUAAUAGUAAAAAAAAAGAAGAUACGGGACAUGUAACGCUUCGUGACUCGACCAAAUUUCGACAAGUGUGCCAACGUAGUAUUUGUAACGCACAACUGCACGAAUCUUCUCUCUACGAAAAUAAUAAUAAAA